AUGCCCAGAACUUGGAGAGGAACAUUGCAUCAACCAUUUGCGGUGAAACUUUUUAAGGGUAUUUGGAAUGCGCACCCUAGGUUUGCUACCCGAACUGUCCUAGUUAAGGAUAACGAUGUCGACUCUGCGUUUCAACUACUGAACAGAAUGAUGGAUUCCGAAGGUCUUUUGAAGAUCAUAAGGAAAACUCAAUUCUAUCAGAAACCCUAUAUUCAACGGAAAAGCUUAUCUAUGGAAGCCUCUGCAGCCCUUUUCAAUGAAGAUAUGAACAGAAAAAUGAGAUUUUUGCUGAGAAAAAACAGAUCUGAUGCGUAUCCCGGUCAAAUUACAGCUUAA